UUCUUUUUUUUUUUCUUCUUCUUCUUGUUUAUUGAUCUUUCUUUCUUUCAAUUUGGCAUUGUUUCUUGAUCAGUAAAGUUGGGCUGCUUUUGUUUUUAUUAGUAUUAUUUUGUGUUUUAUUUAAUUGAUCUUCUAACACAUUCACAGUCUUAAAUCUUUUCUGGGAUUUUGCUGAUCAACUGUUUACAUAUAGUGAAAGAAAAAAAAAAUCCUAAAUUUUCAGCUCUAGAACAAGCCAAGUUCUCUCUCUUGGAUUCAACUUCACUAAUAUGGUUUAAAAACGCCCCUUUCUUAAUCACGAUACUGCAAGGCUGAGUCGUUACCAUUUUUGAACUCUUAUUUUCUUGAGUUUCUGUUAACAUGGGACUUUGUCAUGGAAAACCCAGUGAACACCCUCACAACAGAUCACAACAGGAUACAACUCUUCCCUUUGAAAACAAUCCUCCAACAAAUUCCCGCAACACAAAAUCUUCAAACUUUCCAUUUUACAGCCCAAGUCCGUUACCAAGUCUCUUCAAGAACUCACCAGCAAUUCUGAGUGUUAAUUCCACUCCUCUGCGUCUUUUCAAGCGCCCCUUUCCUCCUCCUUCUCCUGCAAAGCAUAUCCGGGCGUUACUUGCAAGAAGGCACGGGUCUGUGAAGCCUAAUGAGGCCUCAAUCCCUGAGGGACAGGAGAGUGACAUUGGUUUGGACAAGAAUUUUGGGUUUUCAAAGCAGUUUUUGGCACAUUAUGAGCUUGGUGAGGAAGUGGGACGUGGCCAUUUUGGAUAUACUUGCUCCGCUAAGGCCAAGAAGGGGAGCUUGAAAGGCCAGGAUGUGGCUGUCAAAGUUAUUCCCAAGUCUAAGAUGACUACUGCAAUUGCUGUAGAGGAUGUAAGAAGGGAAGUGAAGAUAUUACAGGCUUUGACGGGGCAUAAAAAUCUAGUACAUUUCUAUGAUGCUUAUGAAGAUGAUGACAAUGUUUAUAUAAUAAUGGAGUUGUGCAAAGGUGGUGAACUACUGGAUAGAAUACUUUCAAGGGGUGGAAAAUAUUCAGAAGAAGAUGCAAAGGUUGUUAUGGUUCAGAUUUUAAGUGUGGUAGCCUUUUGUCACUUUCAAGGUGUGGUUCACCGUGAUCUCAAGCCCGAGAAUUUUCUUUUUACUUCUAAAGAUGAAAAAUCACCUCUGAAGGCCAUUGAUUUUGGACUCUCUGAUUAUGUAAAGCCAGAUGAGAGGCUGAAUGACAUCGUAGGAAGUGCAUAUUAUGUAGCUCCUGAGGUACUGCAUAGAUCGUAUGGGACUGAAGCUGACAUGUGGAGCAUUGGUGUCAUUGCUUAUAUUCUUCUGUGUGGAAGUCGGCCUUUUUGGGCUCGGACAGAGUCUGGCAUUUUCCGAGCUGUCCUUAAAGCAGAUCCAAGCUUUGAUGAAGCCCCUUGGCCUUCUUUAUCCCCAGAGGCAAUUGAUUUCGUGAAGGGAUUGUUAAACAAGGACUACCGGAAAAGACUUACAGCUGCACAAGCUCUGAGUCAUCCAUGGCUGGCCAAUUAUCAUGAUGUGAAGAUACCAUCAGAUAUGAUAGUAUAUAAGCUUGUAAAAACUUACAUAGCUUCUUCUUCAUUACGAAAAGAAGCAUUACGGGCUCUUGCAAAGACAUUAACAGUGGCUCAACUAGCUUAUCUUCGGGAACAAUUUACGUUGUUGGGCCCAAACAAAAGUGGAUUUAUUUCUAUGCAAAACUAUAAGAUGGCUGUGACAAAGAACUCCACCGAUGCCAUGAAAGACGCACGGGUUCUUGACUACGCCAGCAUGAUCGGUUCCCUUCAAUAUAGAAAACUGGAUUUUGAAGAAUUUUGUGCUGCUGCCAUUAGUGUGCAUCAGCUGGAAGGAAUGGAGACUUGGGAGCAACAUGCUAGGCAGGCCUAUGACUUGUUCGAGAAGGAUGGCAACAGACCAAUCAUGAUAGAGGAACUUGCAUCAGAGCUUGGACUUGGACCAUCAGUACCUGUUCAUGUUGUUCUCCAAGAUUGGAUCAGGCACUCCGAUGGAAAGCUUAGUUUCUUGGGAUUUGUUCGACUCCUACAUGGCGUUUCAUCCCGCACAUUUCAGAAGGCUUGAAUAUCGCUGACUCAGUUUUCAUCUUUAUACCUCUGCUUCUGCAAAAAUGUCUCGUGGGGACAAAAUGCAUAUGCAUAACUUGGGAGCUACCAACAAAGUAGCUAGUUCUGUGCUCAUCUUAAGUUGCAGAAGGGGCCAAGGCCUAUCAUUAUGAAGCUGUUCAAGGCAUGUCAUCACUAUCAUCUCAAAUUCUUCUUCUUUUCCCCCCAUCUUUAUAUAAGGUUUUACAUUUCAAUGAUUUAGUUAUAAGAUUUGUGUCAUUGGAAGUAGAAGAUUGUACAGAUAAGAAAGGUAGAAUUGGCAUAAAUGUAUGUAGUGUUAGCAAAGAGCUUGAAACAUAAGUGAGCCUUUUCUUUUCCACUUUUGGUUGAUUUGGGGUUUAUCCCUAGUGUACCCCUUGCUAUUCUCAUUCUCAUAAUAAAUCUCAUUCUUGUGA